GCUAUGAGUCGCAAUCGACUGGAUGGCAACGAGUUUGGUUUUGGUGUAUAUGUUACGUUUGUAAUGAAAGAAAAAUCAGUUAAAAAUUAUAAAGGGAAAAACUUUAUUCGUAAUCAUUAUCUCAGAAUUACCCAUAUGACUGGUGUCGCUUUUAGGUGACUAAGAUCCAAAAUGCUGACUUGAACACGUGACAGACUUAUAGACAUCAAAUAUGGGUGCUGUCAAUACUGUUUACUUUGAGGCUAUAGCCAUCUACAGGAAUAUUUGGUUUUAAGAGAGCUGAUAAAUGGUAAUUCAGUUUUAUGACAAAAAUGAACUUUUUACUUUAUUUUUUUGCUUAACAAAAAUUGUUGGGAUCUAGUCUCAGUUUUACCCCUUGUUAGCUUCUGUAAGUUUGAGUGAGGGAGGCCCUUCAGGGCUAUGACCUUCAAUAAGAUUCCUUUGGAACUCAAUUCUCUCUAGUGGAUUUAAAUAUUACUUGGUUAUUAUUGUUUAAGGGUCCCCCCCCCAAAACAAACACUGCAUAAACAAGUAGAUUGGAAGGUGUGUGUCUCUGAAUUCACACAUGCAUAUACUACUAAACUCUAAUACAGUACCUGUCCACAAUAUCUUCUAGGCUAGCAACCUUUUUGGUCUUAGGACCUCUUUACUCUCUUAAAAAUUGUUGAAGCUUUGAUUUGUGUGGGAUACAUCAGUAUUUAUCAUAUUAGAAAUUGAGACUGAAAAUUAAAAAUAUAUAUUAAUUCAUUUAAAAUAGAAAUAAAUAAAAUUCUUUAUGAAAAAUUACUAUUUUCCAAAACCCAAACAAAAAUUAGUGAGAAGAGUAGCCUUGUUUCACACUUUUGCACAUCUCUUUAGUGUUUGGAUUAAUGGAAGACAUCUGGAUUCUCAUAUCUGCUUCUGCAUUCAAUCAGUUGCAAUCUCAUGUCUGGAAAGCUCAACACUUGUGAGAGAAUGGGAGUGAAAAGGGCAAGUGACAUCUUAGUAUUAUUAGGACAAUAGUUUCGACCUCUUGGACCCCCAAAUGUCUUAGGAACCCCAAGGGGUUCUUGGACCACACUUGGAGAACUAUUGUUCUAGGUUGUCCACACUGGGGUUUUUUUCGUGGGCGGUGGGGGGAGUGGAGCUAGAGGAUACAUUUUGGUGUGAUUCUCGUCCUCUUAUCCCAUUUGGACACGUCAUCAGAAAGAUCAGUUGCUAGAAAAGGACAUCAUGUUUGGUACAGUAGAGGUUCAGCAAAAAUGAAGGAUACAUUCAAUAAGUAGAUUAACACAAUAACCAUAACAGUGGACUCAAACAUACCAAAGAUCAUGAAGACGAUGCAGGACUGAGCGGGCAGCGUUUGUUCUGUUAUACAGAAAGUCACCGUGAGUCAGAGCUGACUUGACGGCACCUAAUAACAACAGCCGCAGUUGCCGUGGCUUACGUUUGGAAUCCACAGUGGAGGCAAACAGGAUAAGAUCAUGUUUGUAGUGGCUCCUGAGGUGGCGCUAGACAAAAAGCAAAUAAGGAUAGGUGGAGUAGAGGUGUGGGCCAGGGAGGUGUAAUAUAACAUUUCUGUGAUACAGUAGUUGUCUGGCCUGUGGUGCUCUUUGUGAGAAGGUCCAGGAAUAAGGUGAGGAGGUUAGUAUGUUAUCAUUUGGCCAACCAGCUUAUUUUAUUUUAGGUGCCUAUUUGGAUAAUUCUUGCUCUUCAGUAUCUAUGCUACUGAAUAGAUACAGUAUUUGUCUACAAUAUAUACACAUUCAUUAAUUUGGAACUGCUUGUCCUGUAAUAAAUUAUUGUGUAAACAAUGUUAUUCUUUCUACAUUUCACUGGUUUGUAAUAAUACGGAGUUAUUGAGGGAAAGCAGAUAGAAUUAAAAUAUAUUCAUUUCUAAAGAUUUGAAACAGCUGACUAAAAAGUUUUAUUCUAAUUUUACUCUAAUAUCAGAUUUCAUUUUCUAUCUUAUUCUUGUUAACCUUACAAGGUGUUAGUAUUUAUUGUACCUGUUGGGAGACAAUGUAUGAGAAGCAAAGAGUAAAUGUCAUGUAUGUAGAUUAUUGAGAAGUAUUCACUUACAUCUUUUUAAAAUUCCGUCCAUCCUAUUGAAAACAGUCUUUACCUUUAAAUUUUAUAUACACCUCCUCCUCACUUAUCAACUUUCUUGUUAGCUGACAUUUUGCAUUUAUGACAAUAGUAAAAAAUUUACUAUUUUGCACAUUAACAACCCAUACCUGACAGUAACCCUUUCAUGACCAGUGGAACACAUAGUGCCCACCUACAUUUUCUGCAUCUCGGGUCCAAAGGGACAUAUGCAUCCCAUAUAAUAUUUUUGUGAUCUGAUGUAGUCAUCCUCCAUGUUUGUGUGUAAUGACCUGGUCUUUGGAACCUAACAUGUCGAUAAGUGAGGAGUGAGUGUAAUUACAUUUUUCUUGUGCAAAAGUGCUAUUUUUCAGCACAACAUAGGAUUAUGUAUUGUGAUUGACGAUCAGAUCAUCUAUACUGAAUAGUUAAUCCAAAAUUCUCUUUUUACAUCUUUAUUUUCCCCAGCAGAUAUUUUACAGAUUAAAACAUCAAAUUUCAUCCACUUUGUGCUUCAGUGUCUAAUUUUAUUUCCCCACUGUGUGACAAGCUUUAUGUGACACCCCCCCACCUGAUUUUUGCUAAUGGUGCCUUUUUUUUUUUUUUUUUAAUAGCUGUUGACUCCAGCAAAGACUCUCUUAACAUAUCCACUUCUGACUCUUAAGAGACCAGAGUCAACUAGGAAUACUGCAGCGAUAGGCGUGGAGAUAGCUGUCAACAAGUUUUGUGUGGGUGUGUCUGCAGGGUAUAGAGUACUGUUCUGGACACUUGUACUGCGUGGAGUCAUGAUAUGUCCCUUUGAGAGCCAUUGGCUCCUAUAGAACAGCAGUGGCUGGCUGCUUGGAUAGAAUAACCUGAAUGUAAGAUAAAAGAAUUGGCUGUGUACGCUGAAUGCAUUUUUCUCAAAUGUUGAUGGGGGAGUUCGUAAACAAAGUACAGUUCAUUACAAAACUCGUGUUUUGAAGUUUCAUCAUUGAAUUUUAUAAGGCAUUUUGAAAUUUUCUAUAUAAAGGUGAAUUUGUUGUUGCUAGAGGAUAUGGGUUAUAUUGACAUCAUGUGUGACACAUGUUCUAAUUUAGCCACAUUUUUGUUAUUUUUAUUAUAAGGCCUGCUGAAAAUGACUGAAUAUAAACUUGUGGUAGUUGGAGCUGGUGGCGUAGGCAAGAGUGCCUUGACGAUACAGCUAAUUCAGAAUCACUUUGUGGAUGAAUAUGAUCCUACGAUAGAGGAUUCCUACAGGAAACAAGUAGUAAUUGAUGGAGAAACCUGUCUCUUGGAUAUUCUCGACACAGCAGGUCAAGAGGAAUACAGUGCAAUGAGGGACCAGUACAUGAGGACUGGGGAGGGCUUUCUUUGUGUAUUUGCCAUAAAUAAUACUAAAUCAUUUGAAGAUAUUCACCAUUAUAGAGAACAAAUAAAAAGAGUUAAAGACUCUGAAGAUGUACCUAUGGUCCUAGUAGGAAAUAAGUGUGAUUUGCCUUCUAGAACAGUAGACACAAAACAGGCUCAGGACUUAGCAAGAAGUUAUGGAAUUCCUUUUAUUGAAACAUCAGCAAAGACAAGACAGAGAGUGGAGGAUGCUUUUUAUACAUUGGUGAGAGAGAUCCGACAAUACAGAUUGAAAAAAAUCAGCAAAGAAGAAGAGACUCCUGGCUGUGUGAAAGUUAAAAAAUGCAUUGUAAUGGGUGUUGAUGAUGCCUUCUAUACAUUAGUUCGAGAAAUUCGAAAACAUAAAGAAAAGAUGAGCAAAGAUGGUAAAAAGAAGAAAAAGAAGUCAAAGACAAAGUGUAUAAUUAUGUAAAUACAAUUUGUACUUUUUUCUUAAGGCAUACUUAAGUAAAAGUGGUAAUUUUUGUACAUUACACUAAAUUAUUAGCAUUUGUUUUAGCAUUACCUAAUUUUCUUUCUGCUCCAUGCAAACUGUUAGCUUUCAUCUUGAAUGCUUAUUUUAAAAUGACAGUGGAAACUUUUUUUCCUCUAAGUGCCAGUAUUCCCUGAGUUUUGGUUUUUGAACUAGCAAUGCCUGUGAAAAAGAAACUGAAUACCUGACAUUUCUGUCUUGGGGUUUUUGGUGCAUGCAGUCGAUUACUUCCUAUUUUUCUUACCAAUUGUGAACUUCCGUGUGAAAUGAGUUAAUGAAGCUUUCAAAUCAUCCCUAUUCUGUGUUUUAUCUAGUUACAUAAAUGGAUUAAUUACUAAUUAUAACUUCAAUUGAGACUUCAUGAUUGGUUUUACUGAAACAUUGAGGAAACACUUUUAUGGGCUUCCUGUAGAUUUCAUCCAGGCAUCCUGUCCUAUAGUUUUAGAUUAACCCUAAUGAAUAUAAAGUUACACUGUUCACAGAGAUUCCCCCCGCCUGCCCCUUUUCCACUGCUAUUUGUCAUGGUCACUCCCCCAAAAUAUUAUAUUUUUUCUAUAAAAAGGGAAAAAAAUAGAAAAAAAAAUGCAAGGAAAUGGAAAAUAUUAAAAGGCCAUUUACUUUCCACAUUAGAUAAAUUCCUAUAAGAUUUCUUAUAGCUUUUCCUGUGAAGGCAGACCCAGUAUGUAAUGGGGAUUGUAGCAACCAUUUUGUGGCUGUAUUUACUGUAUUUUUUAUGCAAAUAAGAUGCACCUUCUACAGUUAUUUGCCAACCACUCCCUCCCCCUGCAGGAUAUUUUUGUAAGUGCU